GCUGUAACCGGCUAACGAGCCUGUUUUCGAGUCGACACCCUCCCCAAACCUCGGCAGCAGCUAAGCUGCACAGUCGACAUGGCAAGAAAAUAUGGCAACCGUUUUCUGAAAAAGGAUGAAAAUCUUCCAAGUGUUUUGGAAUGAUAUUCAUCACGCAAUGUGAUCCAAAAUCCACAAUGUGUGAGGACAUUUAAGAACGAUUAAGUUCGGAAGAAAAAUCUUGAUUCCAGUGGAAUCUUCCAUAUAUAUAUAUAUAUAUAUAUACAUAUAUAUUAUUAUAUUUUUUUCCUCUGUGUAAAAGCUUACAUAUAUUUACACGCAGUCGUCCCAUCAACAUAAAACCAUGCCAGUGCAAGCACCACAAUGGACAGAGUUCCUGCUGUGUCCAAUCUGCACACAGACAUUUGAAGAGACUGUUCGCAGGCCCAUCAGUUUAGGUUGUGGACAUACUGUCUGCAAGAUGUGCCUGAACAAGUUGCACCGCAAGGCCUGUCCCUUUGACCAGACAGCCAUCAACACAGACAUUGAGCAGCUACCUGUCAACACAGCCCUGUUGCAGCUGGUGGGAGGCCAGGUUCCUAAGGCUCAACCAGUUGCCUUGAUUACCAGUCCAGAAGACUCACAGCAUUAUGAGGAGGCCAGGCAGUGUGUGGAGGAGCUGGCCCUCUACCUCAAACCCCUCAGCAACACCCGAGGUGUGGGUCUGAGCAGCACAGCCCAGAGCAUGCUGAGUCGCCCCAUGCAGAGGAAACUGGUUACCUUAGUCCACUGCCAGCUGGUGGAGGAGGAGGGCCGAGUUAGAGCCAUGAGAGCUGCCCGCUCUCUUGGUGAGCGAACUGUUACCGAGCUCAUCUUGCAGCACCAGAAUCCACAGCAACUUUCCUCCAAUCUGUGGGCUGCUGUUCGUGCACGGGGAUGUCAGUUUCUUGGCCCAGCAAUGCAAGAGGAAGCUCUAAAGUUGGUUCUCCUUGCUCUGGAGGAUGGUUCUGCUCUGUCUAGGAAGGUGUUGGUUCUCUUUGUAGUCCAGAGGCUUGAGCCACGUUUCCCACAGGCCUCUAAAACUAGUAUAGGUCAUGUGGUGCAGCUGCUUUACAGAGCUUCCUGCUUCAAGGUAACCAAGCGCGAUGAAGAUUCAUCCCUGAUGCAGCUGAAAGAGGAGUUUCGCACUUAUGAGGCUCUACGGCGUGAGCACGACUCUCAGAUUGUUCAGAUCGCCAUGGAGGGAGGGCUGCGCAUUGCACCUGACCAGUGGUCUUCUCUGUUGUAUGGAGAUCAGUCUCACAAGUCACACAUGCAGUCUAUUAUAGAUAAGCUGCAGACCCCAGCAUCUUUCGCUCAGAGUGUCCAGGAGCUGACGAUUGCACUGCAGAGGACCGGCGACCCAGCUAACCUCAACAGACUGCGACCACACCUGGAACUACUGGCCAACAUUGAUCCCAGUCCUGAUGCCCCCCCUCCUACAUGGGAGCAGCUUGAGAAGGGCUUGGUUGCAGUGAAGACAGUGGUGCACGGCUUGGUGGACUUCAUCCAGAACCACAGCAAGAAAGGAGCUGAUCCUCAACAGCCUCCUCAGCACAGCAAGUACAAGACAUACAUGUGUCGCGACAUGAAGCAGAAAGGAGGCUGUCCUCGUGGAGCCAGCUGCACCUUUGCUCACUCUCAGGAAGAACUGGAGAAGUAUCGUAAAAUGAACAAGCGUCUGGCAGCUCGCCUCCCCGGCCAAGGAGGUCUCAUGCCAGAUGAUGGCCUUCCUCUUGAUGUGGCUGUGACCCGGAAGCCUUCACCCCUCCCCAAUGGCAGUGUUGCGCCCUCUUUGCCCCAACUCAUUGCUCGUGGCACUGACACGGUUCCAUAUGAGCUGUUGCGUAAACCUGUUAAGAUGGAUGGAGUGAAUUCCAGUACCCCCGGAUCACCACCUGAUGUUCUGGACUCUGUGCCGAAAUCUGGUAUGCCACUGCCACCUCAUUCUCUGGGCCACAGCAGGAUGCCAACUGACCACCUGUCUGGUGUGAAGCACAUGCCUGUGGUACCUAGAAGUUCUCCUGUGUACUCACAGCAACAGCUCCCUGAGAUGUGCUAUGACCCUCGCCCACCACCUUCUGCUUCUCAGUAUGAGCCACCGCAAUACCCCACAGGUUAUCCCUACCAACCACCACCACAGUAUGUUUCACGGGAUUACAUGCGUAAUCCUCCUCCCCCAAGUGAUUCAGGACCCCCCUACCAAGAUCCCUACUCUGGUUAUGGCCCCCCAGAGCGCUCAUACCAGGCCCCUCACUCUGGCCCAUCCUUCUCUUACCCCCAUCCUCCUCACUACGACCGGGGGCGCCAUGGGACCUACAGCGGUCCACCGCCUCCUCCACAGCCUUACCCAUCUCAGAGGGACAACCUGGUCAGAAUGAGUCCUGCACCAUUAGAUGUUCCUCCACCAUCAGGUGGUCAGGCAAAUUCACUGUACCACCAGGAGCCCAGUGCUAGAGAUAGAUACCCACCAGACAGCUACUAUCCACCAGGUGCCCAGGCUCCACCCAUGAGGGCUUAUGUCAGCAGGGGGCCAUCAUAUAGUGGUCCACAACCCAGCCUGGACUACCUACACCGACGUCGGCAGGAGCUUUUGUCCCAGCUGGAGGAAAGGAAGGUCAUCUCCCCUCCACCAUUCGCUGCCUCUCCAACUCUUUCCCAUUCCUUCCCCAGUGACUACCCUGAGUAUGGUGAUGAAAACUCCAAAACCAUUUUGAAAGGCAGAGAGCCCGAUUAUACGGGGCAGUACUCACCCUGGUCUUGUGAGACCAUUGGCUCCUACAUUGGCACGAAGGAUGCCAAACCCAAAGAUGUUAUGGUUUCUGGUACCAUGGAAAUAAUGAACGUGGAGGCAAAGAGUCUGAGGGAACCGUCGCUGGAGGCUCCUCGGAGGAGUGCAGAAGUGAAGGAUGAUGACCCCAUUAUCCCAUUUGGCCCGCAGCCCACUGUAUCACGUUUCGGUGCCAUCUCCCGCACCUCAAAGACAGGCUAUCAGACCGCUGGCCCUGUGCAGGCAAUGGUCACCACUUCUCAGAACCCAAACUCUAAACACAUGGCCAUGCCAGCAGCAGAAUAUACGUAUGGAAGCCAUGGAGGAUGGGGUGGAGCUCCAUACCCCUCCCACCAGACUGCCACCUCCUCUCAGGGACACUUCAGUGAGCGCCUCCCCCUGGCAGACAGAGAACAGUUGAAAAUUGAGCUGCAGCAGGUCAACCAGCAGAUCAACCAACAGACCCAGAUGCACAGCAUGGAGGCUGCCAGUAAUUCUUUAAUGCUGCAGAGGGAGGCCAAUGCAUUGGCAGGGCAGCCUGUGCAGCCCUGCCAGGCCCAGGCUGCAGUAGUAGCUCAGCAGCAACAACCCAAGUGGCCAACAGGGGGAGCAGGUGCUACUCCCGUCUCCAGUGAACAGCUAAGCCUUGAGCUCCACCAGGUGGAGAGAGAGAUUGGAAAAAGGACCCGUGAAAUGGCUAUGGAAAACCAAGUAGCACAUGAUGUUCAGCAGUACAAGAUGAAACCUACAGAGAAUGGACAACCGGACCACAAGAGUCAGCUGGAAGAAAUCUCCCUGGCUCUUGGCGAGGUGUCAAAUGGCUCCAGCAGUCUGCAAGAAAGUGCAGUAGGCGGGUCCAUGCUGUCACUGACCAAUAAGACGUCUGCAUUGAGUCUGUGCUCUGAUCCAGGUGCCACUGGUUCGGAGAUGCAGAAGAAUGGCGUUGUCCAUUCCUGCUCUUAGGGCAGUAUACACUUUUACACACACACACACACACACACACGAUGCUCGAUUGAAAAGCAUGCACACAUACACCCAUUCGAUUUAGAAGAUGAGCAGUAUCUGCCGUGAUAUGAAUUUUCUUUCUUUUUGUUCUGUGAAUGAGCUUUUUUAAUGACUUUCCUUGCCUGGAAACCAGGGCAUAUGAUAACAUUUCUUGUGUGUUUCUUUUGCUUUUUUUUUUUUGUACUGGGAUAAUAAAUUAACAAGGCUCACAAUACAAGAGAAUACCAGGAAGAGAAAAUGGUUGUGAUGUUGAUGGUAUUGUAGUAACGUCUUUCAAAAAGAAAAAAAAGGGAAAUAACAAUUUCCAUCCUUUUUAUGAAUAACAAAAGUGUAUUUUUGCAUUUCAUUUAUUCCCCCUAAGUCCUCUUGACUUCUAGACGUGAUGAAAAUUGUCCCAGCAUACAUUGCAAAUGAACGGUUAAACACAGAGGAGCAAAGUAAUCGAGCACCCUUACAUCACAUGCCUUCUCAUGUCGUGUGACUGUGCUGUAGGGAACAGCAGAGGUGUGUCGCUUGGUUCUCCCCCGCCCUCCCCAGAAUCGUGAAAAGAAAAGUGGUUGCUCAGAUGUAGAUGGUCCAAGGAGGGAAAAAGCAGCUCGAUGUCCCACAGUAUUCAUCACAAAUGGAGAUGCAAUGUGUUCGAUAUCCCCUUUGCACCACAUGCACUUCUUCACCUGCCUUUUUUUCUUUUUUUUUUUUAUCAGUGCAUUUUAUGAACACACCAUAAAUCAGUUUCACAGGCGAAAUCAGUACAUUAUAUAUUUAUUUGAAGCAUUCUGUUUUAAAGAUUGUACCAGGUUUUUUUGAUAACAUUGAAUUAUUUUAUUUUAUUUUUUACACACAAGGGAAUCUACUAGUGCUUCUCUUGGUUAUUAUGCGACCUGAUGUGGUUUUGAUUACGAAGCCUUUUGACCGUGCUCCAAAAGCAUGACGCUCAGUCAGUCCCAGCUUGUCGUGUUGUGAGAUAUUUCACAACAUACUCCUGAAGUGGUUUUUUUUUAGGGAGGCGGGGUCUUUCUGUUUGCUUCUUGAGUCCUGUGAAAGAGCGUAACCUUGACUUAAUAACACCACGGUGACAAAAAAACAAAUUCGGAUUGGAUUUCCCUCCUUAGAGCGUCUCAUCUAGCCACACAAAAGGCCUCCCCAUUGGGAUUAUCUUGUCAUUUUUUUCUCCUUAACUUCUAUGAAGUUGCCUUCCCUUGUGUCUUUUGUUGAAUUCUGUUUAAUUUUUUCAUGCUUUACAUUGUUGCGAUUUUGGGGGCGGGGGCACCCAGAGCUUGACAUCUCCGCCUUGUUGAUGGCUGCAUUCGGAACAAAAUGUCGAUUCAUCAUUUAUACUGUCAGAAACGUAACUGUCGUGCUUUCAGUGACACAGUUCACGUCUUGUUUACAGCUGAGGAUAAUGAAUAGCAAGUCGGUUACUGAGGGGUAAAGGAAAUAAAGUCGAGAUUAGGUGUUUAUAAUUCGAUCGUUUAUCAGUGUCAUCAAUAUUCUGCUCACAUUUUUUCCCCAUCACAACGUCCCGUCAGCAUCACCACCAUUACCACUGUCAUAGCUCUCUCUCUAUCCGUCAUGUGAAUUGUUUACUGCUGAUGCUCACACAUGGAGCUCUUUGCCUUCUGUAAACGAUAAGCUUGAUGGACAACACUUUUUAGAGCAAAAGAGCCCUUGUUUGUGCUUGAACGGUUGAAGGAUAGAGGAGACAUUCUGGGUCAAGUCAUAUAUUUAAUGUUGAGCCUCUGUUAUAGCCAGAUGAGAUGUACUGAGGAACUGACAAAGCCCUUGUAAUCUGGUGAGCGAGUUCAGUAAACGACACAAAUGAUUUUGUGUCUUAAAUCCUCAGCUUGUUUGGCAUCUCUUCCAAUUUGU